AUGGCCACUGAUCGAACGCCCAAGUAUCGGCAGGAAAUCCAGCAGAUGAUGUUCGUCUCUGGGGAGACUGCCGAACCUUCUGUCGAAACAACAACCUUGAUUGAAGAAAUUGUCCGCCAGCAAGUUAUUGAAAUACUCGUGCGAAGCACAACGUUAGCUGCGCGCCGUGGAGUCCGCGCCAUCUCUACUGAUGAUUUAAUAUUCUUGAUUCGACAUGACAAGGCUAAAGUGUCGCGUCUCAAAACCUUUCUCUCCUGGAAAGAUGUCCGUAAGAACGUCAAAGAUUCCGACGACAAAGGCGGCGCCGAUGCUGCGGACUUCGCAGGGGCCGAUGAUCCCAUUGCUGGAGGCGUUGUCGCUGGACCCCAGGAUGGGCCCUCUAAGCCUAAGAACAAAAGAGCGCGCGUUGGCCUUGCGUGGGAUGUGAAUAGCUUCUAUUCCAUCCAGGUGCCCGAACGUGAAGAUGAAGAAGAUGAAGAAGAAGAGGAGCAGAACUACGCCACCCUUCAGCGUCUUGCAGCAGCGGAUGAGCGCACAAAACAUAUGACUAGGGAAGAAUAUGUGUUCUGGUCAGAAUGCCGUCAAGCAUCGUUCACCUACCGCAAAAGCAAGCGUUUCCGGGAGUGGGCUGGCUUUGGUAUCGUGACAGAAUCGAAACCCAAUGACGAUAUCGUUGACAUCCUCGGGUUCUUGACCUUUGAGAUUGUCCAGACGCUCACGGAAGAAGCUCUCAAGGUCAAGGAACGCGAGGAUCGUGAGAAGAUUCGGCGAGGGGGGGCUGAGAGCGGAGCAGGUGAAAACAACAAGAAGCGUAAGCGCGAGACGGGUCUUUUCGAUCCUCCUGAGGAGGGACGCACGCCAGUUGAACCUAGACAUAUUCGUGAGGCUUAUCGUAAACUUCAAGCGACCCCGAACAAGAACAUUGCGAUGCUUCUUCACAAUGGCCGUAUCCCGCCUCGGAUGCCUUUGAGAUUGAUUUGA